AUGGGAGGCGGUGCGCAGUUAGGCAUUAGAAAGGCCGAGCUUUCGCUAAUGACAUCCCGGCGCGCCUUAUGCUUAGUGCUGCCUCGGUUCCUCAAGGAAAAACUGAUCAUCGACCUUCAUCAUCUUUGGCGUCCCCCAUGGAUCGACACUUUGACAAUCCGUAAUACCAGCGAUCGCUGGGCCAAAGUCACCACACUAUGGGAGCCAGCGGUUGGACGGCGCCGUCGAGGGCCACCUAGGAAGCGGUGGCGAGAUGACCUUAACGCUCACCACGCUGGCUGGUUACAUGCGGCCCAGACUAGAGACUUGUGGAAGGAUUUGGGGGACGCCUUUGCCAAGCAGUGGGGCACAGUAGGCUAG